AUGAACAUGAAUUAAACAUUUAGUUUGAGCAAUAAGAAAAGCGGCUAUUUAUCAUUGUUUAUAAGUAGAGCCAAAUAAUUAAUCUUUACAAUUACACUUUAAUUACUUAGUGGAGAGCAAUAACCAAAAAUACUAAAUUGUUUUGCCAUCUUUAUUUAAUAUUUCUAGCUUACAUCUCUAUUAUUUGGAGACAAUUUUAUAAGAAUUUGGAAAAAUUAUCAUGUUUCACAAGAAAUUCACAAUUUUCUAUAGUAUAAAAUAUUUGACAAAUAUUAGGUGUUUUCUUUUUUCUCCUUAUACAUAAACAUUAGAUUAUUCAUCUCUUACGAUUAUGCAAUAUGUCUGUGUAGGGACUUUUGUAAUAAUGAUAAUGUUAGCUUGUUACAUAGGUUUUAAUGUAAAGAAAAGGAAAGAAGAAAACAGUUGGAUACUAAUGAUAUUGAAGAUUAUAAUAAAUUUGUUCCUUUCAAUUUUAUUUCUUCCAUUUAUUGAUAUAUUCAUAUCAAUUAUAGAUUGUCAGAAUGAUAGUAAUGGAAAUUAUGUACAUUAUUAUUUUCCAAAUUAAUAAUGUUGGAAAAGUGCACAUAUAAUUCAUGGAAUUAUCGCAAUUAUUAUGAUUGUAUUCUUUUAUGGAUUUUGUAUAAUUUUUGGGGUAAUUUAUUAUGAAUCAAAAUUUAUCUCUGAAUAAGCCAAUUCAUAAUAAAACGGAAGAAUUUCAGGAUUUUUAUUUACCUAUCAAUUAAUUAUAAUAAUUCUUAUAAGACUUAUAAAAGAUUAAAAAUAUUAGUAUUUGGAAAUAAUUAUAAUAUUGAUAGGAAGUUUAAUAUUAUUUAAAAAAUUUCAUAUUGAAUAACCCUUUAAUUCAAAAAUUAUAUAAAAGUGUUGGUCAAUUUCAGUCGCAUUGAAUUUUUGGGGAAUCUUGUUGCUAAGUUGUGCAAAAUUUUUAGAGCAACAGUAUUUUAAUGGAAUUAUAUAUACUUUUUUAGUUGGAUUACCAAUACUUGCAGUAUCAAUUUUAAGAAUAGAAAAAUAGAAUUUUGAUCUUCUUUUAAUUAACCAUACUAAAGUAAAAUAGGUGGAAGAGAUUAUCAUUUAAACUAAUUAUUUAGUAAAACUAUUAAAUUUACUUAAAUCUGAUGAUAAUACUUAAAUAAUCAUUGAUGCCUUUUUAGAAAUUCAUAAAGGAACAUGUGUAUAAAAUGAUUGUUAUUUAAAAAUCAAGAAUUAAGCAAAUAUUAAAUUAAGUAAUACAUUAUUAAGAGAUUAAUCUUUAACAGAAAGAGAGAUAGAUUUAAUAUGUGUAUUAGGAUAGAUUUAUAAUAGUUAAAUCAAAAGAUUUCCAGAAUCAAUAUAGUUGAGAAUACAAUAUGCAUAUCAUUUGUCAGAUUAUAUGAGAUAAUUAUAAUAGGCUUAUAAUGAAUUAAAAUAAAUUGAAUAGAUGAAUUAAUAAUUUGAUGAAGAAUUUAUAAUAAUGAGAAAAAGGUCUUAAAUUCAAGAAUAAUUAGAUACUUUUCAAAAUGAUAAUUUUGGUAAGGUUGACACUGAAACUGAGAUUACAUUUCAGUAUGAUUAUCGAUAACUACAAUAAUAUAUUGAAGAAACAACAUUGAUCUAAAUGGAUUUUUGGUCUUAAUUAUAAGAAGAUUUCCCAGAUUUUUCGAAGCUUUAUAAAAAUGGUCAGAAAAUAAGUUAACUUAUUAUUUAAAUUGAAUAAUUGUGGUUUAAAUUAGAAAAAGCUUCAUAAAAUCUAUCAAAAGCUUUAAGACUUUAUGGAACUUUUAUAAAAGAAGUAAUAUAAGAUGAAGAAUAUGGUGAUGAGAUCUUAAAAAAAUCUAUCAUUAAUUAAUAAUAAUAUUAAUAAAAUAAAAAAUAAUUAGUUACUUUUAUAUGUGGAGAAGAUAUAGGAUUUGAACAAUAAGCAACUGUUAUUGUAUCAACUUCAGUAGAAAAGUUUGCUUAAGUAUUAAAUUUGAAUUAAUCAUGUUGUAGAUUGAUUGGAUAUACAAGAUAAGAAAUAAUAAAUAGAAAAAUUAAUCUAUUUAUGCCAAACUUAUAUACAAAAUUUCAUGAUCAAUAUAUGUAAAGAUUUUUAAUAACAAGUGAUAUAAAGAAUAUUAAUAAAGAAAGAUUUAUCUUUUUAAAAGAUAAAUAAAAUUAUUUAGUACCAUGUUUUAUUGUAUUAAGAAUUUUACAUACAUUAGAAGAAAAUGUAAAUCUUGCAGCUUAAUUUAUGGCUAUUAAAUCAUUUAAACCAAAUUGUUAUUUUAUUUUAGAUAAUGAAUAUGUUAUUGAUUCUAUGUCUGCAUCUGUUUUUUCAUUUUUUGGAAUUGAAAAUAGACAUUUAACAUAAAAAAAGGCAUAUUUUUAAUAAUUAUUUCCAGAUUUUCUUGAUGAAUUGGAGACUUUUAAAAGUAAAUUUGGAGGUCGUCUUAAAUAUUAUCCUGAUAAUCUAAAAAGAACUGUUCAUUACUCUCUUUCAAGUAUAAAUGCUUUAGAAAGAGAGCUUGAAUUUAAUUGCAUAUUAAGAGAAAUUAUUAAUAAUUCAAUAAAUGAAAUAACAGGAUAUUAUAUAAAAUUAGAAUUAAUUAAUGAAAAUUAAUAAUAAUUAUAAUCUAUUUAAAGAAAAGUAUAAAGUAAUUUAUAAUUUAAAUAUUUGAUUAAUGAAUAAAUAUAUUUAGGAGAUUUUAUUUAAGAAGAUAAUUCAAAAUUAUCAAAUAGUAUAUAAUCAAAUUCAGUUGAUCAUUCCUUUGCUGAAUCUUAAAAUAAUAAUAUUAAUAAUGAACAUACACAUAUAGAAUCUAGUAGACGUAGAUCAACAAGAUUUGGAGAUAGAUUUUAAGUAAUAAUAGAUUAUGCAGAAAAUAUUAGAACUUUAAGAUUAUUUGAUAAUAAACUUUUAGAAGUAGAAGAUGAAGAAAGUUAAAUUUCUGAGGAUGAUGAUAGAGAAAGUGUUUUUUAAAAUUAGAUUGAAAUUAAAUCAAAUUAAUCAUAAUUAUAUGAAUUUGAUAAUAACAUAUUUCAUUCUAGAAAGAAAUUAUAGAAAAUUAUUAAUGCUUCAAAUACACCAAAAGCAAUAAUUAGAGUAACAUGGAUUGCAAAUAUUAUUGCUAUUAUUAUAUUAUCAUUAUCAAUUAUUGAUUAUUAUAUAUCAAAUUCAUAAUCUGAUCAAAUAUAUGAUACAAUACUUUUAGUAAAUUAUGGAAAUAUUAGAAAUAGUGAAUUAGGAAUAAUAUUAAGUUCUGUCUUAAAUUUGUAACUCUUAAAUAGAAAUGUUUUCAAUUUCACAAAAAUAUAAGCUACUUAGUAUGAAUAAGAAUAGAAAUAAUUUAUUAAUGAUUCAAUAUCUAUAAUAAAUGAUAUAAAUUAGUAAAUUCUUCUAUUAGUUGAUAGUAUGACAAAUUCAUUAUUUACAUUUGAAUAUAAUUUAAAUGAGAUCAAAAUAAAAAUGAACUAAGAAACUGUUCAAUUAUAUAAUCUAAAUUAAGCUAUCCAAUAAAUUAUUAGUAAAUCAUUAAUAAUAAGAGAUAAGAAUAUAACAUAAUUUAAUUAUUAAGAUUUAGAUAUUUCUUUUUUAAAUUAUAAUUUACUAAAUGAAAUAUAAAUAUCUUUAAAAUAAUCUUCUAAUUAAUUUAUUGAUAAUCUCAUUAAAAAUGCUUCUAAAAAAUACACAGCAGUUCUAUUACUUUUAAUUAUAUCAAUCUCUACUAUUUUUAUUGGUAUUUUACUUAUAGUUAUUGCAAUGUUAUCUGUUUCAAAAUCUUAAACUGAAAUUUUAUUAUUAUUUUUGAAUUUGCCAGAUAAGACAAUUAGAUUUUUAUAUAGAUAAAGUGAGAAUUUUUUAUCUAAUAUAUAAAUAGGAGAAGAUGGUGAUCUUACAUCUGAAAAUGAUAGUAAUUUAGAUUAAGAAGAUAAAGAUGAUAAAAUAUAAUUAUAAAAUACAUUAAAAACUAGAAAAUCAAAAAAGAAAUUUAAAAAUAAUAGUGGUGAAGAUAAUUAUCAUAUUUAUGCAAUCAUUAUUACAAUGAUCAUAAUUUAAUUUUAUUUUAUUUUAGCCUUUAUUUUUAGUAAAACAUAAGUCAAUUAAAUUGAAAGUGUUUGUUCUGAAUUUAAUUUGACAACUAGAAGUGAAUCCUACUUUCGUUUUUCAGAAAUAAGCUAAAAAUCAUUAUUUUAUUCAAGAAAUAUGACUAUUUUGAAUUCUGAUCCUUAUAAUUAUGUAAUGCAAAACAUUGAUGAAUUAUUCAAUCAUGAUUCCAAUUUUUAAGAAUAUCAUUCUUUAAAUAUUGAUUUACUUGAUUCAACUUAUAUUGAUGCAUAUAAUUCUUUAUUUGUAUAUAAUCCUUGUGAUAUACUAAAUGAAUAAGAUUAAUAAAUUGAUGUUGAAAUUUGUAAUUAAUUUAUGGACAAAGCAUUUUCAUAAGGUCUUAAUGUAGGUAUACCAAGAUUUAUAGAAAAUCAAAGAUAUUUAAUGACUAUCUAUAAUUAAUUUUAUGAUAAUCCUUAAGCAAAUUUUACUCUUUUAGCUCGUGGAUUUUCAAGUUUCAGAAAUAUUACAAAAACAAGUGAUAAUAGUACGAACUUUAUUUUAAAUUUAAACAAUUUUGUACAUGCUAAAGAGAAUAGAGAAGUCUAACAUUUAUAUUUUAAAAGUAAUUUAAUAUAAUUAUUUAGGUGCAUUUAGAUAUUUAACAAAUCAAUUUAUUAUAGGAUUUAAGAAUGAUUUAAAUAAUUUAAAAUUGCAAAGAAUGGCUAUAUUUAUAGUAUUUUUAGUAUUCUUAUUUGUAAUUUAUUUUUUAUUUUGGCUACCUUUGAAUUUAACACUUACUAAAAAUAUGCUUGAUGCAAGAACAAUGAUAUUAAUGAUUCCUUUAAGAAUUAUUCAAAGAAUCAAAUAAUUAAAAGAUUAUAUAAGAUAUAAUAUUUAAGAAGUAGGUUUGGAUAUUUGA